ACCUGCUGGCGCCACUCUCCCUUCAUCCACUCUCUUCUCUCUAUCUGUCUCUAUCUCUCGCUCGCCCCACAGAAGACAAAGGAGCCUCUCCACCAGCUCUCAGUAGUCCAGAAAGCCUGGCACAAGAAGAAGCAAGAUGGCCAACUCGCGCGCACGCUCACGGUGUAACGUCAUGUCCAAAGAGCCUAGUUCCAACCUGGAGAGCGCCAUGCAGAUGCUCAUCAAGACCUUCCACAAGUACUCGGGCAAGGAGGGCGACAAGUACACGCUGAGCCGUGGAGAGCUGAGGGAACUACUCACCGAGGAGCUGGGGAACUACCUAGGGAGUGCGCAGGACAAAGACGCGGUGGAAAAGGUGAUGAAUGACCUGGACUCCAACAACGACGGCGAGGUGGACUUCACCGAGUUCAUCAUCCUCAUGGGUGCGCUCACCGUGGCCUGCAACGACUUCUUCCUUGAAAUGCCCAAGAAGGACGAAAAGCCGGAAGAGGCGAAGAAAGAGUGAACGCGCUCAGGGGUGGAGGAGGAGGAGAAGGAUGGAGGGAGAGGAGAAUGGAGGUGGAGAGGGAAGGUGGGAGAGAGGGAUAGAGGGAUGGUGAAGGAUAAAUAGAUGGAUAAAAGAGAGGAAGACUAAGAAGAUCAGGAAAGUGAGGGGAAGG